AUGCUGAAACAGGCUGUGAUUCUAGUUAUUGUAAUGGUGGCUUUGGCAUCUUCCACUCAGGAUUAUCCAGAGGCAGAGCUCAUUGAAACAAAGAAUGUGCAAAAUUUAGAUGGAGCUGGACAAUUUGAGCAUAAAGUCAAGGUCAGCAAUGGAAUUGACCAAAGUGCUAAGGGCAAUGUGAAUGCUAUAGAGGGUGAAUACUUUUUACCUGCCCAGGAUGGAGGCAAACCCAUCCGCGUGACUUAUAUAGCCGAUUCGCAAGGUUUUCGUCCACACAUUGAGAAUUGA